AUGAAGAUCCUCACCGCCAUCACAGCAACUCUCCUAGCCCUCAGCGACCUCGUCGCCGCCCAUCCUUCCGCCGUCGAUUUUGCCCUCGACCUUCCCGCUGGCGGCGCCCUCGUCAUGGACCUCGUCCAAGGCAACGGCACCUUCCCCUUCGCCAACACCUCCAUGGGUCUCAGCAACCAUGCCAAGCCUCCAUUCCUCUACACCGCCUACUUCUGCACCGACGAGAACUGGACCGGCUUCUGCAUCGGCAUCGGCUUCCCGACCGACGCGUGCUGGAACCUCAAGCCCGACGGCGGCUUCUAUAAAGCUAUUACUUCGUUUGGCCCGGAUCAGAACACCUUCUGCCUCCUGUACACGACGCUGCGCUGUCAGAUGGGCAUCGGCGCGGACACGGUGGCGGGCUAUCUCUGGCCGGGCACGCCGAAUGUAGGGGAGGCGUUCAAUGAUCGCUUCGUCGCUAUGCAGUGUAUGGCGAAGAAGCAGACCUCCUGA